ACCACGCUAGAUUCAAAUCCCUCCGCCUCUCCAUCUAGUUCUUUCUGAACUAGUUCCUUCCUUCUGUGUCCGAUUCUACAAACCGUUCCAACCUCCCACCAUUUCUGAUUCUUCGCUUUCCUCGCCUCCUCCACAUCGUCCCCUGAGCCACAUCUACCGCCAUGGCUGUGCGAUCUCGCGUCCCGCCGCGCGUCGACCGGUUGCUGCUGGCCGUGGCGGCAGCAGCGGCGGCGCUAUCAGCGUUAUCAGCGCUGACAGCAGCGCGCGCGGAGGACUUUUACGCGGGCACGGACGUGAUCGAGCUGACGGCGAGCAAUUUCCGCAGCAAGGUGGCGCAGGACGACCACGUGUGGAUGGUCGAGUUCUACGCGCCCUGGUGUGGCCACUGCCAGCGGUUAAAGCCGGACUACAUCAAAGCAGCCACCGCUACCAAGGGCAUCGUGCGGUUCGGCGCCAUCAACUGUGAUGAGCACAAGUCCAUAGCAUCCGAGUACGGCAUCCGCGGCUUCCCCACGCUCAAGCUCUUCGGCGCCAACAAGAAACGACCAGAGGACUACAACGGUGCGCGCACGGCCAAGGCCAUGUCAGAUGCAGCCGUAGCAGCGCUCCCCAACCACGUGACGGUGCUCUCCUCCUCCUCCCUGCCCACCUUCCUCUCCGCCAACGCGCUCCUGCCGAAGGCCCUCCUCUUCACGGCCAAGUCCAGCACGACGCCGCUGUACAAGGCGCUGGCCAUCGACCUCAAGGCGCGCAUGGCGCUGGGGGAGGUGCGCAGCAGCAAGGAGCCCGCGCUCAUGGCGCAGUACGGCGUCAAGCAGGGGCAGCUGCCCGCGCUGCUCGUGCUGCCGCUCAAGGAGGGGGAGGAGGGGGAGGGGGGUGAGGGUGAGGGGGAGACGGUGCGGUAUGAUGGGGAGCUGAAGCACAAGCCGCUGCUCAUGUUCCUGCAGCAGUACGCUCUUCCUAAGUCCAAGCGGGGCUCAUCCAGCAAGACCCCACCCUCCUCUUCCAAGCCCAGCAGCAGCGGCAGCAGCAGUGGGGGGGCGUCAGGGGCAGGGAAGGGAGUGGGCGUGCAGCAGUUGAAGGCAGCAAAGGAGGUGGAGGCGGGGUGUGUGAAGGGGCAUGGCUUCUGUGUCAUCGCUCUGCUCAAAGGGACUGAUGCAGCUCAGGUAUCCCAGCUGCAGCAGCUAGCGCUCAAGUACCACGGUGACCCCCUGCGCUUCUACUGGCUUGACGCCUCCACCUCCCCCACCUUCGCCGCGCUCUUCCUGCAGCCACACGACCUCCCCGCGCCCCCUGCCGUGGCCAUCAUCAGCGCCAAGCGCGGCAAGUUCGCUCUGCACGCGGGCAGCGUGGGGGAGGGGCUGGAGGCGCUGCUGGAUAGGGCUGUGGGUGGGGACCUGCCGCUGCUGUCGAAGCUGCCAGGGGACUGGCACGCUGCCAUGGACAGCAAGUGAUGGCAGCAGGUGGACGCGUGUCGUGAAACGUGGAGGAACCUGUGGGAAGUCCGAGGUGUAGCGCAGUGGCAGUGACUGCUGCAGUGACGCUUUGGGGUGGGAGGUCAUGCUGAGUCAACUGUAGGACAUGGUCUUUAUGGGUAUGGUAUGGUGGGAUGUAUUUUCAGAUGGCAAGUUUUUUACUGACUGUGACCCAGAUGCCAUUGCCUCGUGUAACAAAGUACUCCAUAACUAAACUAUCCAUGAUUUU